CUGCCGCGUCAGUCAUGUCUGCCACGGCGCUCUCCUUCACGUGGCUGGCGAUCCUUUGCGUGUGCCGCUGCUGCCAGGCGACGCCCCGCCAGACUCCUGCAGUCCCUUGGUUCCAGCAUGACCGAGGGAACUCCUUCUUCGCCUCGAGCACGCCCCGGCGGCAAGAUCCGCGAGGGGCAAACAGGAUACUCGGCCAGUGGGACAAACAGACGCCGUGGAUGCCUCCUCCUCCCCCUCAGGCGAGGCCUCCCCGCCUCCCUCCGCAGCCGCCCUUCGGGAGCCCCCUCCGACCUCAGCCCCGAGUAGGACAUCGCCUCGGACCCAACCCGGCGCACAUCCUGCCGCGGCCGCCGCGCCAAAGGACCCCCCAGGACGCCCCCCUUGUGGCUCCUCUACCCCGCGAGGUGAUGGACGUCCUCCCGGGCGCCAUCUCUCGGGUCAUGAGCUCCUACAGGCGCUCGUCGAGUCCCACCACGACCACCACGGAGCCGCCCGUGAUCUGGUUCCCCAACCAGAGCGAGGAGUGCGAACAGGACUCUGGAGGCGGCAGCUUCAGUGCCUUCAGCCUCCUGGCGCUGCUCAUGUCGGCGACCAACUUGGUGGGGAUCCUGGCCAGCAAUGAUAGCAACGAGAACAACGCAAAUAACAACGGCAAUGUGUUCACGAUGGUUACCUUCGGCGCUGCCGAGGAGGUUUCCGCCGUCGUUGCCAUGGAGUUCCUUCGGGCUUACCUCCACGCAGGACUCACCCGCGACGUCGGCUGCCUCUCGCGAAGCCUCUGUCGGGCCAACGCAGCCGCGGCCGAGUGGGGGGACCUCGCCCACGCCCUCGCCCACGCCCUCAGCACCGCCCACGCCGAAUGGGUCGCCCAGGUCAUCCCCGGCGGCGUGACCUCGUCGUCCAUGCAGCGGGCGGCGGCGCGAGGGAGGUCAGCGCCCAGCCCGGACACCUGCAACCGCCUCUACCGCUGCCCCGAGCCCUUGUGGAGGCAGCUGACCGACGACAAGACGGUCAUGGAGCGAUUCGUGCAGCUGGCUCACCAGACCAGCGUGUCCUGGGCGUGA